UUGUGACAUCGCGGCCGCGCGCCCCCCUCGUGACCGCGCCCGGAGCUCGGACGGGAGCGGCGCCAACCAACGAUGAGCGCCUCGGUUGUGCUGCGCGGGGCCCUGGCGAGGCUGCGCUUGUCCGCCGGGCAACAGCUGCAAGUCCGCCUCACGGAUCACCGCCUGAGCUUCAGCUCCCAGUGCCGGGCGUUGGCCUACGCCAAGAACCUGUUUCUGGGCAAAAUUAACCAGCACGAAGUAUUUCCCUAUCCAGAGGUCAGCAAGGAAGAGUUGGAAGAGAUUAAUCAACUUGUUGCACCCGUGGAAAGGUUUUUCAAUGAGGAUGUUGAUUCAAAGAAAAUUGAUUUGGAUGCAAAAAUUCCGACAGAAACUAUGAAAGGGCUCAAAGAGCUGGGCCUUUUUGGGCAACAGAUUCCUGAAGAGUACGGUGGCCUUGGAUUAUCAAACACUAUGUAUGCUCGACUUGGUGAGAUUACUUCCUUAGACGGAUCCAUUGCUGUUACCCUGGCAGCGCAUCAAGCGAUUGGCCUGAAGGGAAUCUUGAUUGUUGGUAAUGACGAACAGAAAGCCAACUACCUCCCUAAGCUUGCAACAGGAGAGCACGUUGCAGCUUUUUGUCUCACAGAACCUGGAAGUGGAAGUGAUGCAGCAUCGAUUCAGACCAGGGCCAAACUCAGUGAAGAUGGGCAGCACUACCUUCUCAAUGGAUCAAAGAUCUGGAUAUCAAAUGGUGGAAUUGCAGAUAUUUUUACAGUGUUUGCACGAACAGAAUUGGUUGACGAAGAUGGUAUAGCCAAGGACAAGAUCACAGCUUUUGUGGUGGAAAGAACAUUUGGUGGUAUUACCAAUGGGAAGCCAGAAGACAAACUAGGAAUCCGUGGAUCAAAUACUUGCGAAGUUCACUUUGAGAAUACCAAAGUACCGGUAGAAAAUGUUCUGGGAGAAGUAGGUGGUGGGUUUAAGGUGGCCAUGAAGAUCUUGAAUAGUGGACGAUUUAGCAUGGGUAGUGCAUCUGCAGGAAUGAUCAAAAAGCUUAUUGAGUUGACUGCAGCAUUUGCUGAUACCCGCAAACAAUUUGACAGGAAGCUGAGUGAGUUUGGAUUGAUACAGGAGAAAUUUGCUCUGAUGGCUGUGCAAGCAUAUGUAAUGGAGAGCAUGGCUUACUUGACUGCAGGAAUGAUGGACCGGCCAGGAGAGCCAGACUGUUCUCUGGAAGCAGCCAUGGUUAAGAUUUUCAGCUCAGAGGGAGCAUGGACAUGCAUAAGUGAAGCACUGCAGAUUCUAGGGGGCCUAGGCUAUAUAAAAGAUUAUCCUUAUGAACGAUACCUUAGGGAUAGCAGAAUUCUUCAGAUAUUUGAGGGCACUAAUGAAAUUCUACGGAUGUAUGUGGGCUUGACUGGAUUACAGCAUGCAGGAAAAAUACUCACUGGAAAAAUUAAAGAGAUGAAGAAAGGAAAUAUUGGAGUUGUGUUGGAGAUUUUAGGAAAAAAAUUGGGAGGAUCCCUUACAAAAGUGGAUUAUGGGCUCACGGGCAAAAAUGGUGUUGUGCAUCCCAGUUUAGAGGCCAGUGCCAAGAAAAUGGAGGAGAAUGUGCACUUUUUUGGCAGCAUAGUAGAAAACGUAUUGUACAGAUAUGGCAAGACUAUAGUAGAAGAACAACUGGUGGUGAAGAAAGUGGCCGAUAUUCUUAUUAAUCUUUAUGCCAUGACAGCAGUUAUUUCGCGAGCUAGUCGCUCUAUCAGCAUUGGGCUUCGCAAUCAUGAUCAUGAGAUUUUACUUGCCAACACCUUUUGCUCUGAGACCUAUUUCCAGAAUAAUUACCUUUUGAUGAAACUACAGAAAAAUUCCCCAGAAAACCUUGAUGACAACAUUAAGAAAAUAGCACACGAAGUGUUGGACAAGAGAGAAUAUAUUUGCUCACAUCCGCUUGACCGAACGUUUUAGGAAAUAGCUAUGGUUUUAGUUUUUAAAACUUGUAAAUAAAUCUGGGCAUUAUCACUUGGCAAUAAAAGAAAACUGCUCGAUUCCUGAUAAAAAGAUGAUUUACUAAAUAAUUAAUAACAUGUAUUUGUUCAUGCAGUUGAAUUGAUUAUAUAGUAUCAUUCAGUAGUUUGUUCAAUGACAGAUUAAACAAUGUAUUUAUGAUGGGAAUAACUGAGUGUUUUAGACAGUUAACAUAGACCACAUCAGUUUGAACAUCAAAAGUACAAGUAUUACCAAACAAUGAAUCAGUUAAC